GCUGGCUCGCUGCUCUUCUUCUCCCGCUCACUCCGUCGCUGGUUGCAUCCGAGAUGGUUACCUAGUUCCUAGUGGGGCUGAGCAGUCCAGUCCGUCACCAUCGUCUCUCUCUCGGAUGCGGUGAAUCAGGGCAGCAAUUCGUGCAGAGAAAGCGGCACGGCGGCGCAGUGGCUGUCGGCGACUUUGUGGAAGUCCGUCCUGCGUAUCCGUCUCUGGUUUCCGUCCUCCAUCGAAGCUUCCCCUCUUGGGCGAGUGCCGUCCGCCGGUGACCACGAGCCCGGAGGUCGCGGUCCACGACAGUAACCACUAACAAUUGUUGCAAAUUAAUCCUUGAUCUGGAUCGCGACUAAUGAUCGUGAUAUGAUGGUACAUACGGUGGAGCGCGCGGCCGCACCUUCCUCUCAUCGUUACCGUCCUGGCGCUCCUGCUCUCCUCCCGGUUUCCCUUGUCUUCCCGUUGCUUAUUCACGUGGGGUUGCCGUGAAUCCACCGUCUUCUCCGCCCACAAUCUCUCAACAAGGCCACCAAAUCCAGGCAUCCAGCUGCUGAUUUUGGGGAAGGCCUCCUUUGAGUGAGAUCCAACCUUGGGGGCCAUUUCCACCUGCGUCCCCCGCAAUAAAAGUUGGGCACCUAUGUCAGUCACUGCUCUUCUAGCCCAGCUCAUUCCAUCGCUGGUUGCUCCUGCUCCCACGGCGUCGAGAGCUCUCCGAAACCGAACCUCGCAGCGGCGUUUCUUCGCUGAAACAAAACUAACCAUGGAUGACACUAGUUUUGACCUGACAGAGCACGAAGGUUCAAAUUUGUCACCAUUUCUACACAGACUUUUUAAUGAGUGGGAUGAUCGCAAGACGAGGGGCUUGUUUCAUCAUGACAUCAGUUCCUGUGAAACAAAGGUGCUACCUGGAGAACACAAUUUUGUGGCAACAUUAAUUGAAGGACGGGAUCAAAAGAAACGGCCAACUGAGUUCACAAUGAACCAAGUCCUCCAACCAUUUGUCAGUGAGAAGUUUAAUUUCACAAAAGUUAGCCCAUUGGAGGUGAUCUUUAGAUUCAAUGAAACUGAGAAAGACUCUGCACAAUAUUUUGAUGGUGUUCCUGAUACUGUUUCAGCUUCUUCUAGUGCCAUCUUGAUUAAUGUGAGUCCAAUUGGCUACUGCCAUGCCCUUUUGACUCCCAAAAUCCAGGACUGUUUACCGCAAAGGAUUGAUCAAGAGAGCUUUUUGAUAGCCAUGUAUGUUGCAAGAGAGGCAAGGAAUCCCUUCUUCAGAGUUGGUUAUAACAGCCUGGGCGGCUUUGCAACUAUCAAUCACCUUCACUUCCAGGCAUACUACCUUAGAGUACAGUAUCCAGUUGAAAAGGCAACCACGGAGAAGCUCACGAGCCUAGGGAAUGGCGUGAGCAUUUUUCACCUACUGGAUUAUCCAGUCAGUGGAUUUUUGUUCAAAGGUGGUGCGAGCCUGGAAGAUUUGUCGGAUGUGGUCUCCAAAGUGUGCAUCUUCUUGCAAGAGAACAACAGACCUUUCAAUGUCCUCAUCUCUGAAUCCGGCAAGAGAGUUUUCCUCCUACCACAGUGCUAUGCGGAGAAGCAGAUCCUCGGAAAGGCGAGCCAAGAGUUCCUCGACAUGAGAAUCAAUCCAGCAAUCUGGGAGCUCAGUGGCCAUUUGGUGCUGAAGAGGAGGAAGGAUUACGACGAAGCCUCCGAGGCAAACAUAUGCAGAUUUUUGGUUGAAGCAGCUCUUUCUGAAACCGAAUUUCAGGAGUUGAACCGAUGCCUGCUCGACUUUGUGACCUCUUGGUUGUAACUCGGACAUAGGUUCCUAGAGAGUAACAAUCCUGAAGUUUCAGUAAACAGUUGUAUUGGUAACUGUUACUUUAUGAUGGUAUAUCGUGUAGUAGUAUUUCUGAUUUGACUCAUCACUUCUGCGAUGAAAGUAAUAUGUUUUCUCCGACUUCAAA